AAUUUUGCUUUAUUUCCUGCAAGUCGUCAAUCUCAGGUGAAAUUUUUAACGUAACGAUGGGACAUAACUGAUGGUUUACGGAAGUGGAGAGUUACCUAGAUGAAAACAGUAGUCUGGUCACUUUGGUGCCCUGUUAGUGUAAAAGGAGAGACAAACUUUUCAUGGCAUAAUAAUUUUAUGUGAUAGAUCUAGAAUUAAUCUAGCUGUAUAUUAUAAGUAUGAACAGGUCUGAGAGCCUACGGUCAGAUACUGCUAUGUCUUCUGUGUUAGCUAUUGAUCCUGGUGCUAGUACUAGCUCUAGCAACACCAAUACCAGGAGUGUGAGAAUCAAUGUUAUGGAAGGGGUUGGUGCAAGAGUGGUAAGGGGUCCUGACUGGAAAUGGGGUAAACAAGACGGUGGAGAAGGACAUAUCGGUACUGUCAGGAACUUUGAAUCUCCUGAGGAAGUUGUUGUUGUAUGGGAUAAUGGAACAGCAGCGAAUUACCGGUGUGCUGGAGCAUAUGACCUGCGUGUCUUGGAUAGUGCCCCAACAGGUAUCAAGCAUGACGGAACUAUGUGUGACACCUGCCGCCAGCAGCCUAUUUUUGGAAUUCGCUGGAAGUGUGCUGAAUGUCCAAACUAUGACCUCUGCUCUGUGUGUUAUCAUGGUGAUAAACACAAUCUUAGACACAGAUUUUACAGAAUUGCCAAUCCAGGAAACGAACGAAUCAUCCUGGAGCCUCGUCGCAAAAGCAAGAAGAUCACAGCUCGAGGAAUAUUCCCAGGCGCUCGUGUCGUUAGAGGUGUUGACUGGCAAUGGGAGGAUCAAGAUGGAGGGAAUGGACGAAGGGGAAAGGUCACAGAAGUACAGGAUUGGAGUGCUGCUAGUCCCCGCAGUGCUGCCCAUGUGCUGUGGGACAAUGGAGCAAAGAAUCUCUACAGGGUGGGGUUUGAAGGAAUGGCGGAUCUGAAGGUGAUGAAUGAUGCCAAAGGAGGUUCAUGUUACAGGGAUCACUUGCCUUUGUUGGGUGAACAAGGUCCAGGGUCAAGGUCAGGGCCAUGUGGCCUAGCCAUUGGGGAUCAGGUCAAUGUUGAUCUUGACUUGGAAAUUGUUCAGUCCUUACAACAUGGACACGGAGGAUGGACGGACGGCAUGUUUGAGUGUCUGGGUACGACAGGUACUGUGGUGGGCAUUGAUGAGGACCAUGACAUUGUUGUCUCCUACCCAAGCGGCAAUAGGUGGACGUUCAACCCAGCCGUCCUGACCAAGGUGAGCACCGCCAGCAGCUCCACUUCCCUGGCUAGCGAUUCCAACUCGGCCGCUCAAUUUGCCGUGGGUGACCUGGUGCAGGUGUGCAGCGACGCGGAGCGCAUCAAGGUCUUGCAGCGUGGUCAUGGGGAGUGGGCGGAGGCCAUGCUGCCGACCCUGGGCAAGAUUGGCCGUGUACAGCAGAUCUACCAUGACAAUGACCUAAAGGUGGAAGUCUGUGGCACUUCGUGGACCUACAACCCGUUGGCCGUCACCAAAGUGGCAUCUGCUGAUGGCGCUGCAAUCGGAUGCUCUUCUGGAGAACGCCUUAGUGCUCUGCUGAAGAAGUUGUUUGAAACUCACGUGUCCGGGGAUGUCAAUGAGGAGCUCGUCAAAGCCUCGGCUAACGGGGAUGGAGUGAAAGUGGACGAGAUUCUGCAGAGGCCAGAGUCUGAUGUGAACGGUGUUUUCGCGGGCCACACAGCCCUGCAAGCGGCUUCCCAGAACGGACACAUUGAGGUGAUCAAAGUGCUUAUCAAGCACGAUGUCAAUAUGGAAGUGGAGGAUAAGGAUGGUGACAGGGCUGUACAUCAUGCAGCAUUUGGAGACGAACCGGCUGUCAUUGAGCUCUUGCAUAGAGGUGGCGCUGAUCUGAAUGCUCGCAAUAAGCGCCGGCAGACGCCCCUGCACAUCGGGGUCAACAAAGGUCAUAUUGGUGUGGUACGAUCUCUUCUGGACCUGGGCAGUCACCCGAGUCUACAGGACUCAGAAGGUGAUACAGCGCUGCACGAUGCCAUCAGCAAGAAGCGUGACGACAUGAUUGCUCUACUGCUGGAGCACACAGCAGACAUCACAAUCACCAACAACAAUGGCUUCAAUGCUCUCCACCAUGCUGCUCUGCGCGGAAAUCCCAGUGCCAUGCGUAUCUUGCUGACCAAACUGCCCCGGCCGUGGAUCGUGGACGAGAAGAAGGACGACGGGUAUACCGCCUUGCAUCUGGCCUCUCUCAACAACCACGUGGAAGUCGCGGAACUGCUGGUCCAUCAGCUGCUGGUGCGAGAGGGCUGUAACCUGAACAUUCCAGACAAGGACGGGGACACGCCUUUACAUGAGGCGCUCAGACAUCACACGCUGUCGCAGCUACGCCAGCUACAAGACAUGCAGGAUGUGGGAAAGCUGCUCAUGGGUCUGGGCACCCCAGGGGCCGACAAGAAGUCAAGUGCGUCUAUCGCCUGUUUCCUGGCCGCCAAUGGGGCAGACCUUAACCUGAAGAACAAGAAAGGCCAGACACCCCUGGACCUCUGCCCUGACCCCAACCUGUGCAAGACCUUGGCCAAGUGUCAUAAGGAACGGAACAGCCCGGCGCUGACUGCUCCCAACGCAGCCAUCAUCCGCAACGACCAGGAGAGCCUGGAGGAGUGCAUGGUGUGCUCGGACCAGAAACGUGACACGCUGUUUGGCCCCUGCGGACACAUCUGCACCUGCUCGCUGUGCUCGCCGCGUGUCAAGAAGUGUCUCAUGUGCAAGGAACCCGUGCAGUCACGGACAAAGAUUGAAGAGUGUGUGGUUUGCUCUGACAAGAAAGCCUCGGUGCUGUUCAAGCCUUGCGGACACAUGUGUGCUUGUGACGGCUGUGCAAACCUGAUGAAGAAAUGUGUUCAGUGCCGAGCGUCCAUCGAGAAGACAAUUCCCUUCAUUGUGUGCUGUGGAGGCACUCCUCCCCCUGAACCCCAAAAGCCCGGCAUCAUGAACAACGGGUCUCGUGACGUCAGCCGCGACAUUCAGAAGCUGCAGCAGCAGCUACAGGACAUCAAAGACCAGACCUGCUGUCCUGUCUGCAUGGACCGGCUGAAGAACAUGAUCUUCCUGUGUGGCCAUGGGGCGUGCCAGUUGUGUGGCGACCGGCUCAACGAGUGCCCUAUCUGCCGCAAAUCUGUGGAGAAGCGCAUCCUUCUCUACUAGACGGCUGGAGGUUUUUGUCAUUGCUUCAUUGCACAGUAGUCAGUAGUGUCCACCUGUGAAUGCUGUCAUUUUUUGUAAAAGGGACGUUUUCUUUAUUUCGUAAUUUUUUUGUGUACAAAGUUUUAUGGGCCGAUGUCAUUUGCCAUAGCUUUCUGGAAAAGUUUCAUGUUCAUGUUUCACUCAACAGUCGAUAAUAAUAUGUAGGUGCUUUUUUUUAUGCUGUACUGUAAAUUAUUUCUGAUGGGACUUUGUUGUGUGUGAAAGGUUACAGUAUUGUCCAUGUUUGGAAUAAGAUUCCUGAUGAAUUUGUUUUUGUUUUUUUGUUUUUUGUUUUUUGUUUCUCUGCUUUCUGUGCUGCUCCUGUGUUAUCUGUACAGAACGUAUGAUUUCAAGGCCCAUGAAAGAGUGACACAUAGAUGACUGAUUGUUCUUGCUUUUUUUUAAAAUAACGCUUUGAUUCUAUGAUUUUAAACAUUUGUCACAUAUGAGUGUACUUCAUUAUUGUCAAAUCUGACAGUGUUUUAAGAGCAUCUUCUCACAUACGACAAUGAACCAAGAUUUCAUAACAUAUAUGACAUUUUAGCAGAAUGUUUCUGGUAUAUAUGUAUAUAUGCUGUUGUUUCAAUUGUUUUUCGAGGGUACAGUGUUUGCAGUACUGUAAAUUGCACAGAAGGAUGAGAUCUGAUGAGAAAUUGACUUACAAUCUUGGUUUACCUGGUACUGUCUGUUCUCGAACUAAUGUUCUUCCCCUCUAGUGUCUAUUCAAAUUUGAUGGAAAGUCCUAUGUGUUGAGCAAGUGCUAUUGAAGAGUUUCAGCCUUCUUGGUCCUACUUCUGCUUGACACUUGAUUAUUCUAGUUCUUUCAUAUGGUGCCAACAUUUUCUGGAAAUAUUUGGACUGACGUAAGUCUUUCUUUGUAUCAGAAGUUGUUCCUUGUACGACAAUUUGUGUCUGGCUCCCUGCAGUGUACGUGAUGUAAAUGUUCUUGUUUUGUGCGUUGGUACGUCAAGUAAAUUUUAGUCAUCACAUGACUGAUGAAGAAUCCCUAGUUUUGUCUUACUGGUAGCUUGGUUGUGAAUUCAUUAAUCAUGGUUCUUUCCUAUAGCUGACCCUGAUGAAGCAUUAUGUGGACAGUUUGUCAGAUUAUUAUAAUAUUUGGGGACUGGAAAAUUUAUCUCCGUCAUUCGUAUGUUGGAUAACAGUUAAUUUUACCUUGUAAAUUUUUAAAUUAAUUGUUGAUAUGCUUUUACAUGAGCUUGUACCUUGAAAAGUUUU